UGCGCUAUGGUAUGUGCGUUUUUACUUCUUUAGAAGCGCAGCUUCGGUGGGACGAGUCGUUGUAGUUGUGUAGUGUAACUCGAACAGACCGGCGCUGAGAGGCAAAAGUAAGAAGUUUCCUUUGAUGGCUACCGAAGAUCUCGCCCCCGAUCAGAUGACUUGCUUGCAUUUAUCGCUGUUCCACUUGCACUUUAUCUAUACUACUUGACCUUGAGUUUUCUUCAGCUGCAUCACAGAAAGAAUGAGCUUGAUCAUGAUCUCGCUCUCCCGCACAGUUCAAUUCUCACACAGGUCCUCCUUGGAAUAUUGCAUCUAAAAAUUCCCAGUUUAUUGAAGAAGCAGUCUUUAUAUUACCGCAAAAGUCACUUAGUUACUAUACCCAAAAGAUGCUUUUUCCACUAGAGUUGUAAUUAUGGUCGUAAUUGCAAAGGCCAUGCGACUCCUGCAUGCUGAAUUUUCAUGUAGAAGUUUAAGUUAUGGUAUUUCUUAAUUGUUGUAAUUCGCGUCGGCAGUGCAGCUCGCGCAUCGUGCAGUUGUUAUCUGUUUCAUGUGAUUCGGAUGCAGAACAAUCGGUGUUGGUUUUAUUCACAAGAAUGUGUCGCGGCGAAAGUCAGGCUCGGAGUUAUAAUAUUUGAUUUAUCGUCCGGAUUUUUAUUCUACCUUUUUGUUUUCGUCGAUCACCGUUCGUGGUGGAAAAGCCGUCGCUUAUUUUUCCUCCCGCAAAAUUGAAAUUAUAAUUAUGUCCGCUGUGGUUCCCUCUCCGUCGCCGCCGCCUUUCGAGCAUGAGGGCGGCACGCAUACUAUCAAAGCGAAAUCAAAAUCCCUUUCUGAUCGCAACAGGAGGAUCGUAUCUUGGAGUUGCAUGCCCAUGCCAUCAAAACUAGUAUUAGAAGUGAUUAAGUUACACUUUCCUGGCAGCCACAGUCCUGCUCUGAUGCUCAGCACAAGAAUUCUGGUAUGUUGUGAGCAGCAUUCCUACUAGCGCAACGCUCCUGUGAUGAAGCUUCCAGCUGUAGUCUCCAUGCGAGAACGUACGAAGACGAACUACAUCAUGAAGUGCCAGUACUUAGCCAAAAAUAAACGGGCCAAGUGCAGUCCUGUCUUCAUGAUCUAGCGUCGUAAAGCCACAAUCUGAAAGAACACGCAUUUGCAUUUUAUUGAUUUUAUUCCGUUCUUUGGGAUUAGAAUUCACUUUCCACGGGGGAUUUUUUUUCAUCGGGAUACGAACAUUGCCAACGCUGCCUCCCACCUCCACUUCAUGGGGCGAUAUGCCUCACGACUCAAGUGAUUCCGAAGAACUACUUUCGCCCGCUGGAAAGACUAUUCUAGAGGAAAGCAGACGCACACCCUUGCCAGAAAAAGUAACAAACUAUCCAGAAAAAGUAAAGAAGUAGAAAAAGAAAGCUUACUAUGCAUAGGUAUAACGAUGUCACGCAGGUACAGUUUGUUGAUUUUGAGUGACCACUGCGUGACCGUAUUAAUGCAGAGUGCGUAAUAGGAAUGACGAUAAAUAAGGCACCAAAAAGAAUUGCACCUUUGCAUUUAUUCCAUUUUUGUACUUAGACACCUGUAGCGCAGGUAUUUUGCACUGAACUCUGGUUAUACGGGUGUAGUUUUCUGCUUGAUAAAGGGCAACAAGCGCAAGGAGGAUCGAAUGGUGCGCAAAAUUUACAAAAAAUAUACAAGCAGUGGCACACCCACGGGCUCCGAUGUGGAUCUUGCCUCCUCCUCUUCGAGCAUAUGAAAACGGGCUCAGCUGCAACGAUCUCAACCGUGAUAAUUUCUAAGGCAGAAGGAGAACAGCAGGGCUAAUAGCUCUAGUCAUCUUGGUGGUGCUUGUUAUGACGAACUUCCGAACUGCGGCGAAAUGCAACUGCAACUGCCCUUGCAAAAUGAAAAUUUAUAAUAAAAGGCGCAGGCGCACUUGGAUGAUGAGUUCGAUCGUGGUGGACCGCGAGUAGUGCUAUAGACUAUUUAGUUUGCUGCCCUUGCCUUCCCUAUCGCUAUCGCACAUUCUGCAAGAAGAUAAAAUCAGGCUGUACAGUGUCACAGUCGAGGUCGUCGCGUUUGAGGAAGUGAUAAGGUAUGCACAACAAAUCCUCUGGUGGGCGUAUCCUGCGAAAACAUUGCAUUGCGUCGGACUUUCAUCUAGACUUGUUUCCAGUGGUACAACUUGGCGGAUAUUUAAACACGGAGAGGCACGUGACGCUGACGACCACGACCUCGUCAAAGAAAGAAACAAGAAGUAACCUGCGUCAUUGGUCAUGAACAUGAUCAUCGUGCCGCGCACGCGCUGUUGAGGGUCAACAUUUGUGAGCACGCCAAUUCUGCAGGAGUAGGGCCUGGCACUUGCUCGCUAGUAAUGAUCGUGCUCAAGGCGUUGACACCAGUAGCUGACACACGAUUUUUGCUGUCUUUGCCUGAUCUUUUGCUGCUUUACCGUCCCUUUUUUCAUGAAAAUAUCAGUAACUCGCUUUGUCUACAUGUAGUACAUUUCGUGAUGCACUUUUUUCAAGGGAUAGCACACCUCGUGGAUGCAGGCGGCAACCUGAACAGGCUGAGUCAUAGGUAUAAUGUACUUGAACAUCAACCACAUGUCGUGUGAUUGUGUACCUGGUUUUUACAAAAAGCUAGAAAGUUUUACUUGCUUCUGUAUAAAGCAAUGAUAGAUCUUACUUUUAGCCUGGAUUCUUGCUGCAUGAACAUGGCUAGCUUUUUGGGCUGAUGACGCACAAUAAAGAAACGAGACCGUGGCGGGCAGAUUCAUUCGUCUUGAAAAGCAACGCACGCCUAUGAAUCUUGUAUUCCCGAUCUGCAUCUGCUUCGUGAAAUUUGGAAAGGAAGUGUCACAACCACAACAGGUCGAACAUGUCCCGACAUCAUGGUAUGGAUCAUGCGCGAUGUGAGAAGUCGUCAAAUAAGUCUAAAGUGGAAAUGAUAAAAGAUUUCUUGCAUUUAACUUUAAGAAAAAGAACAAAUCAAGAUGUAUAAAAGUCCUGUCUUGCACGCAAAGGUAAGGUGAAACUCACUUGGGCUCACCACCAGGCUCCGCCUGAGAAAGGCUGGGGCUACAGGUCGCGCCGUUUAGGCACAUAGCGAGAGGCUCCGCUAUGUAUCGCAAUUUCAAUGGCGCUAAUACUUGUUUCCGCUUCGCUCUUAGGAAAGUGCACGUACAGGCUCUCUCCUCGUCGACGCGUUGGGCGGGGUAUAAAGUAGGCGUCUGAUGCCUAGAAUUGUUGAACGCAAGCGCACUGUCGCUUUUCUGCGUGACGUGUCAUCUUUCGUGAUAGUUUUUGACGAGUUUCACCGCGCGCUCUCAUAUGUGGCAGUGGUGCUCCCGCCUCCGACUCCGACAGCGAUCAGAGCUGGUCAUACCAAUACUUUUUCGCAUUAUGCAGCGCGAAAACGGUUGUCUGAACACGUACAAAGGCGUACAGAUGUUUGACUCACUUUCUGGGAAAUAUGCAUUUUUAGCAUUGUAUCGGAUGCUACAAUAUCUAUAUCAUGUUCAAAUAUUUCUAUCUUCUCUAUGACUAUGUGGAUAUUCUAUAUAUAGAUCCGUAGGUGAAAAGCAAAAGUCUAAAACUAAAUCUUGUGUGAGUAUUAAUAUGUGUGCUGUACUAGUUUUGCGCAGCAUAGAUGCGGAAUGACAACGAUUUUGACUCCUCGGCGCUAUCGGAGUCGCCGCCUCCACCGAAGGAGCUCGAUUACCUCGGCACAGGCAGUGGAAAAACCAAGUCCUCUGGGCUGGGCUUGCACCAUCAAGGCACCAAGGGAGUCGGCAGCGCUGCCGGUGCGUACUCCUCCCAGACGUCGAGUGGCACCCCUGGGCUUUCCUCUGGCGCCGCAAUCAGUAUGCACCUGGGAGGCUGGGGACACCAACCGGAGAGAAUACAGCCUCGAUUCCACUCGAUCGCACCCACAGGAACUGCAACGUUCACUUCCACCACGUCCUCGUCUGGCGGCUCCGCUGCAAAGGGAAGCACAGCGUAUCAUAUGUGGAACUGAAGGAUCUUCUCCAACAACUAAGAACUCCACUUUUUUUAUUUCGUACUAGAGUUACCCGACAAAAUGGCAGCUAAGAAUGCGCCGCAAAGCGAGCCCGGGGUCGUGCCUUGGUGCCGUUCUGUGAGGAGCCUCAGGAUUCUGUUUCUUUUUGUUUCACGGUGUUACGUCGAAAGCAUUAUCGACGCAGUGAAUUGAAUUAUUGCAGCUUUGCGAUGAAGAGUAAACAAACGUGUGAUAUUAAUCAUCUUCAUCGUGGUCGGAUUCCCAUCAGCAUCUACGUCUUUAUAUUUUAAGUGAAGAUAAAGUUGUAAAAAUUGAAUUUGAAAGAGCGCAAAGCAAGGUUGUCGAACAGUAGACCUGCGCCACAUGAUACAGCUUCAUCCCAGCAGCACAACGUUGACCACAUUGGCGCCGGACGUGCCGCACCUCCAGGAGGUCCGCACGCGACGGGGGACCAGCGCGAGAAGAUAAAUCACUUUCACCCCGGGGUGACUAGGCCGCCGCCGGGCCCCGCCGAGUCUAGCGCGAGAAAAGAGUUCGGCGGUCAGCGAGUGUCAGGUCAGCCGAUGUCGUCGUCGAACAUGACUGAAGACAACUCCGGAAAUCAUGACCAGUCAGCUGCCCACGUUUAUUCCGGUGCAGCUGCCGGUGCAGCGCAGGUACCUUACCAUCAAUACCUUCCCCAAAACACCAACUCCAAAACUUCGACAAGCAGCAGUAGCUCCCGCGCAGUAGUUGGUGGUCCGUCUGCACGCUCCGGCGGCCUAGUCGGUCCUGGCGCAGCGGGCGGCCAGUACGACUACGAUCAACACCAGCACUGGAACGCGUACAAUUACCCCCCGCAACAGCCCUAUCAUGCACAUGAUCCGCGAGCUGGUGGCUCGGCAUCAGCUGCUACCUAUCAGCCUCCGCACCAGCGCGGCGGAGGGGCGAGCGGCUACUCUACUCCGGCCUCCGCGGGUACAGCGGAUAUGUUGGCCAAAGGGUCUUCCAUGAAACGCACAGGUGGGACCAGCUGGGCCACGACGGGCAGCUCCAAGGGUGCGCAGGCGACGACCAGCACAAGCAAAAGCAAAACGCAGCAGCAACUACACAAGAAUAACGCAGGAGGAACACACAAGAAUAACGGAGGAGGAACAGCAGGACCGCUGGCUCCAGCUAAAAACGUUAAUGCAUCCGCCGCUGCAUCCGCCGCGCCAGUCGGCUACGACGUGGCUGCAGCUACUCAAGAAAGCACAGCGGUAGGAACUACAGGAGUUCAACUGGCGCCGACGGCUGGCACCGCGGGAGCCCCGUCUACUUCAGCUCGUGGCCCACGACCUGAUGGCGUUGAUGGAGGCAGUGAGCAACCACCUCUCACGCAGUUUGGUGCCCCGCCCUCGGCUUACCCGCAGGCACACCAGCACCCCGGUUUAUUUGCAGCCCAGGCGCCCACAAGUGAGGGGCGCUGGCACCAGCACCAACUGCGCGAUGGUGUCCCUAGUAAAGGAGGGAUGACACCGACACCCACGUCGUCGCAGUACCGGGAGGUGGGGCCGAAACUGACGGCUCAGUAUGAGGUACCAGAUCAGGACGACGGCAGCAACUUGGCAAGUUGGCCAUACGGAGCAGCCGUAUCUUCUCACUCCCACUUAGACGGAGGUUCCUCUACUUACGCAGGAGGACACAAAUACAGCACUCUCGUUAUGGGCACAGCGCCCGGAUUUGCCGCAACCGGGAAUGCGCCUCCCAGUGGCGCAGCUCUAGCUGCAGGGGCAGCUCCUCCUGCUUCCGGUCUAUCAUCCGUCCCGCGCCCAGGCGGUGCGGAGCGUUCUCAGCAUGAGCAGCACAUGACCCGCGUAUGGCUCGCUCAGGUGCCCAUACAAUCUCAACUGUUCUUCCGAUCAUUCGCGGACGUGGGCUUCUCUUUCAUAGGAAAAGUGCACGACGGUAAUCUAUGUAGUUGUAAACAGGGCAGUGUGCUAGAUCGAUCUUGGUAGCUAACGGUGUUUAGACAACACGACAGGGACAGACCAAACCAUCACUGCCGGCCUCAGUUUUCACUUGGAAUGAUUGACAUAAGUAUGUACGUAGUAUAUACGUUUCACAUACUAGUCACAGUAGCGACGCCUGAGAUUGUGGCACAACCUGAACGGACCAUAGCACGCGCUUCAGGGGCCGCCCUACACGGCAGUAUUCGAUCCGGCGACACAAACGAGCCAGCAGGGCUCCUCCAACAACUCGCAGAGUCUUCAUUCCGCGUACCCGAACAGUGCGACGAUGGUGCCCUGGUAUGUUGAGGGCACAACCUCUAGCAUGGACAAACAGGAAGCAUACGAUCCGUGGCCUGCUCAGUUGAAUUCUUGGGGCGUUUCUGCCACCGGUGGCGCGCCUGCGACUGCCCUCGGCAGCGCGCAACCGGGGGCCGCCGGGCUGAACGCAUCCAAUCACCAGCUCACGCGGCCAUUUGCCCAGCAGACCAGCGAAACAGAUAUGAACUGGCGCGCGGUGAGCUCGAGCAGCACAGGGCCGGCCAGUGGGAGUGCGCUGCCUGGCUACAGGAAUCCUUCUGCACCUCCACCUCCGCAGCAUGAUGUGCAUUAUACCUGUUCUCAAGAAGUAACUUCCAGUUCGAAUCUACUAGCACCGGGCACCACCACCUCCAGCACUUGGGUGGGCGGCAGCGCAGCAGCCGUGGUGGCCAUAACAGCCCCUGCUACCGAAGCUUCCAGCGCCACCGUCACUACAUCUUCGAAAUUUACAUUAUCCGACCAUGCAGUGCCGCUUCUUCAUCAGGUUCUUCCGACACAACUAGCAGGCGAAGAGGUGGUCCUCGGGGCCGGCGCCGGCACAUCUACUUCAACGGCAGGCGCUUCGACAGCGGCGCAGCAGCAUCAGCUGCCUGUUCCCGAUCCCCUACCACGGAGUGGAGGUCAGCGGUCCGAGACCCAGCCUCACCCCGAAUUGGAUGAAACGCCACGCGAUCUGUCGAGCGGUACGUCGCAGCAGCAGCUGGGCACGUAUUUACAACGCCGACGAUCGCGGCGUGGUAGCACCAAGAUGAUCGCGAAAAACGCUCCAAAUCUGCCGAGGAAAGAGGACUUUCUGGAGGACCGCGACACACCGAAUUCAGACACGGUAAACCUAACCGAAUCGCUAUCAAAUUGUUGAAAUCGGUUCCUGCGCGAUGUCCGUGUUUAAAAGGCUUCCGCUAGGCAGUAGGCAUAGCAUGUUCGUGCGUGGGCGGUAACACUGGGCAUGCAUAGCACCCAGCAAGCCCGCCCCCGCUCACGUAAUACUAAUAUUCGCAUGAUUUUAUUAACUGCGUCGCAACUACAAAUUAAUAUAUGAACAGAAUUUCGAAAAAUUUGCAACGGUGUUGCGUUCUCCAGUUUAUAGCCGAAGCAGUUGAGCUUGUGUUUCUGUUUAUCAGGACGCGCAGACUUCUUUGCGUCGGCGGUUGAAAAAAAUACGCUGUACUCGUCAGGUUUCGUAUGCCUGCAUGUAUGACCAGGGUGCGAGCAGACCGCUCUUCCCUCCUGCAGCACCAAUUUGUUGAAAUAAAUUGUACGACUGCCAAUGUUUUAGUCUUCACGGGGGGGGGCGGGGAACCGGGACCGUUUUCAAGGUGAGAUACACAGCCGCACCAAGGGGCUACCGACAGUGAGGAAAAUGAGCUGCCCUUCAACAAAACGGCCCCAGCGGGGUUUGGAUUUCGACGUGAUCGCUUCCUCCUAGAAGAGGGGGACGCCACUUAUUUUGAUGAGAACGGGGAGGAAAUGACCGGCCGUAGCUCUGGCCAGCAGUCAUAUUCUGCCAGUGCCACGGCCACUGCGGACGAGGUCGAGGAGUCCGCCACGGCUUUGGUGCGUAGUUUCGGUACGCAAAAUGACAGUUCGCCUCGAGAAGCCGAACAAGAGGUACAGCCCUCAUCACCUUCGCAGGCCCGUGCGCUCACACAGACCGAGCAGGUGGACCAGGCGGUAAUAACGAGCAGCAGGCCGCGCGCGCAUAAAGACGAGGCCCCUGCACUUUCUCCGCAGGAGGGUAGUGGUCGUGGUGGUCGUGAUUCUAGUUAUAGCGCAACAGCGAGAGCAGUACCCGAGACGUCCGGUGCUCCGCUCUCGGUUGGAAGCGGCAAAAUAAGGGAUGACGGGAAGCAGGGCCGCAACGUGAAACUUCGCGAAAUAAUAGACUAUCCCCAGAGCUAUGAUGACCAGACCACAUCAGGGUCAGGCAUCAUCGACACUAAGCAGGCUGUGCCAGGCCUUAGCCAGGGCAUGAUGAUGACUCGCGGCGAAACCGCAGAUAGGACGGAGCAGGCCAACGCUGCCCCGCAGCGGCAGGAGGGUGAUGAAGAGGAGAAGAACAAGAAGAAGCGCGUCAGUCCCGCGUCGUCGUCGGGGACCGCAACGACUUCUCGGCCCCCACGUGUGGUUCCCAACACGACCAUUUCCACUCUUUCGUCGUCGUCCUCACAGCGAGAGCGACACGUAGGAAAAUGCGAAGAGCCUCUUAUCCCCUACUAAACAGAGAAAAUGAAAAUGAAGAAAACGAGUUUGUGUCAACGCGUGCUCAUUAGUGAUUCUGACUGCUAAUUCUUGUUUUUUGUGGACACACAAAGAAGGUGUAGUGGAAAGGGCAGCUGUGUGGAAACGCUAUGCUUAUCCAGCAUGACAGGAGGCAGGGACAAACGUUGCCGCUGCGCUGCCCCGGCGAAAGACGUCCAGCAUGACCGGAAAUUGUUAGCAAAUUAGCCGCAUCCAUGCCCUCCCAUAAGGAACUGUCUUGUUCUUGCGAGGCAACAGCUUGAUCUGUUUGUAUACAUUGCGCUGCAAAAGAAAGUAGCAGUAGGAUCUCUGUUUAUGAAGAGAAGAAGCAUUUUUCCGCAGGAACACACGGGCCGAUGAUCCAUGACUCGUCUGCAAGCACAGAGGACGCAACAGAAACGAUGCUAGCCGGACGCGAGAAAGCACAAGUGAGCGAAACUGAUCGAGCCUCGCUGCUUGCCUUGUUCGUGAUUGCUUUCCUCUCCGGCUUUGCAGCAGUUGCACUGCCCAGCAUGCACGAAAUUGCCGCCCGACAGCGGGACAUUGUGGCAAUGGUGCGCCCUCGUUCUGCGGAGCUCGCGGCUCAGGCAACCCGGAGGAGAAGUCCUGGGCCUUCCACAGCUACUGACACUGCUAGCACAGCUACAGCGCGACGGCAAGCAGUGGCAACCCCCCAUGUUCCAGUUUCUUCACCCACCUUAUGGAAAAGACAAGCCACUUUGUCUUAGUACGUUUCUCAGUGUAGUGCUGCUCCUGACGUACAUCAUCAAAUUUAGCGUCAAGAUUCCGCUUCCAGUACAACUUUAGUGAUUAACGAAGACCGCUGAGACUGGGAAGGGCGAGUAUUGCCAUCAGUUCAACAUCAAGCAGCGGCCUGAGCUUUCUUUUUGCAUGUUGACAGGUUACCCCAGAUGAAACGCAAAAUCAUCAUCAUGCUAAUCACGUUCUGCUGCUUCUGUGGCCCUUUUGCAAAUGAGACACACCAUAAUUUGGGCUUAGAAUGCGAAUUGGCAGAGCCGAAGUAUGAAUGCUUUUCUGGCCAAGUGAAUAGCUACGAGGAGCAGGGCUUCAAAUAUGAAUUGAAUUUGAAACCCGGAAUCAGGAGGAAUGAUCGAGGGCACUGAAAAACGUUUUCAACUCCAUCCUUUCCCUGGGCAGACGCAAAAAGCGCAGACGCAUGGGCCAAAGCCGUGAAGCUGUUGGAGAAGAACGACUUUUCCGCUGCAGAAGGCGCGCUGCUUCCGUUGAGUCAUGGAAAAUCAGAGGCCUCGCGAAAAGCCCAGCUCGCUCGCGCGUUCGCAUCCAUUAGUCAGGGACUACGGCUAACAGACGCGCGAAAGGAAAUCGCUACCCUCGUAGCUGCUGCCGUAUGGGAUGAAACAUGUGAUCUGCCAGUGCCAGGCUGCUGCUGGAUAGUCCGAAAGAAAAUGAAACUCAACUUUUUAUGCCUUCUAUUUUCGUGGUGCAACUACAAACCAAAAGCACUCCAGAUUGCAUGCUGAUGGAGAAAUUGCGCGCUUUAUUUAUUCGGCGUGCUCUUGAUGUUGGUGUGCGUUUAUUUCUAUUUGCUUGACGAGGAAAAUCAGAGAGGAAUGUAUCAAAGCGGAAGUGUGGGGCUUCAUUUCUUGGAGCCCGCAGCAGUGCUGAAGGUGGUCACACGCUUCCUCUUUAUAUGCCGAGCCGCAUCACGGGGGGUCCUCGACUGCGGUGCUGUCUUUGUGUGGGGUUGCGCAUAAUACGGAGGGUUAUCUUCGUUUUCUAGUGGACAGCGAUCCGCGCGGCGCUGUGCGAAGCUUUCUGCAGGCCGUUCGUUGUCAGGAACUGAACCCUUAUCCCUGGAGUAAUCUUGGUGUGGCUGCCUUGUACCUCAAUGAACUGGAGCUGGCCCGUGCUGCUUUGGGUGCCGCCCUGCGGAUGGCACGGCGGGCGCAGCACAUCUUUCCGCUACAGUUCUUCCAGCGCAACCAUGAGCUCGCAGAGGCUUUAUCACACGGCGAGCCCGUUGCGAGCGAUCCGCAGCUCGGACUCUAUUUUCUCGAAGACACGGACCCACGCCUGCUUUCCUGA